AUGAGCCCAUUGAGAGGACGUAAAAUCCGUCGUAUAUACAUUAAUUCAGAGGAUAAUUACAAUGAAAAUUCUUUGAGUAAAAUUAAUAACGGUAACUAUGAUGAUAACUACAACAGGUAUAAUCACUACAGAAAGCUUUCAAAACUCAGUGGAAUUAACCUGUCGGAAAUUGGACAAGUUGGGGGAGUUGGAACAGGAUCAGGAAUGUGUAUUGAAAAGGCUUCCAGCAACCUGGGAAACCUUGAAAACAAUAUUGCCGAUUUUAAUGGAGUGAAUCUGGGAGAAUCUACUCACAAUAAUAAACAAGUAGUGAAUGCCAUUAUAGGCGAUUAUCGAAUAAAUCAAGGUAUAAAUAUUGAAAAUAUUUGUAAAGAUGAUGCAAGUAUGCUUAAUAAUUCUCAAGAAAACAUGUAUAUAAAAAACCUUAAUCCUAUUCAACUUAAAUAUCUGCAGAAGACUCAGAAGAUGUUAUCCUAUGAGCUUUCUAACUAUAAAUCAGGUAUUAAACAACUUUUAUCAAUACCAGAAUAUUUACCUUGUGACAUGUAA